AUGGCGUGUCUUUUAAGCUCUAAGUGCCCGUCGGGACAUGGUUCAUUCGGCGGCAUGAUGCGGAGAUUAGUGUUCCGUCAAGGACGUGGUAUGAGAAGCGGUGAAGUUCCAUUUGGUUCCAAAUUGUCAGGUCUGAUCAGAAACGCUAAUCCAGAAAAGAUUUACAGUUACACCCCCCCUAGACUCGUGCGGUUCGGCCCUCUGCUUCUUUCUGGUGUAUUUCUUGCCUAUGGUCUGUCCUUUGCCGAUUGGUCACUGUCCAGCACGAUGGAACUAUACAGUGAGGACGAAGGGAAAGCUCUCGAGCCCGACGCAAGGUGGUGGGAUAACCCGCGCGUGCGAUUCUACGGACGUUUUGCUGGCUCUGCUGCCCUUUCGGUCAUACCGCUGGCACUUUCAGCCGCAGCCCUGUAUCUGCCGUCGCGAAUCGUCACCAGCAUAACCUAUCUUCCUAACGGAGCCUGUACCGUUGCGCGUCGCGCUGUCGUCACCGGAAAACCCGUGGUCAAGCAUGUUGGCUUGGAUAGAAUCACAUUGAGCAAGCGGACUCGCGUUUUCACCGGAGUGGGGCAUCAGGGCGUUGACGACAAGGCUUCAUUCGCAUUCUUCCUUACGGACUCGUCAAGUGGCUUUUGGAACAGGUUUUACAUAGUCAAUCGAUCUGGUCACAUUUGGAAUCGGGAUGGGAGAGUAUUUGAUGCGCUAUUUGGUAACGUACCCGUCAAGACGCUUGAAAGAUGGAAUUUCGCUGCCCCGGAAACUGCCAAAGAGGAAUUUAACACUCAAACAAGAAAACAAGACAACGCACUUGACCUGGUAGCGCGUGAAAGUCAGCGGUCCAGGCUGAAGGGCGAAGCGAGAAGUAUUGUGCUUAAUAAAUCCCCAAAAUGA